AUGGGGCGUUUCAUAUCUGGUUUGGACCAAGAAUUACAAGACAAACUUGAAGGUUAUACUAACCUCACGUUUGCUGAAGCUUGCAAGUUGGUGAUUAAGUUCGAUGCUAAGAGGAAGAAGAAGAAGCCUACUACCAUUCCUCAAUUGGCACGAAAACCUUCUUUUCCUACGAAGGAAGGUUCUUCCUUUAACAAACCAAGUAAUCCACCAAAAAAGGACACAAAGGACGUGAAGCUAGGUGACAUUGUGUGUUACAAAUGUGGAGGACGAGGUCAUUACAAGAAGGAUUGUCCUAAUACUAGGGCGUUAACCAUACAAGAGGGGGAAGAAGAAGUUGAAGAUGAUUGUGAUGAUUGCAUUGCCGAGCCAGAGGAGAAGACUAGCCUCGUGAUUAGGAGGGCCUUACAAGCACGUGUGGAAGAGGAUGCUGCCCCCCAACGACAACACAUUUUCAUCACCCGUUGUAAAAUUGGUGACGAGGUAUGUGAUUUGAUUAUUGAUGGAGGAAGUGAGGCUAAUACCGUGUCUAAGACCCUAGUAUCUAAACUUGGUCUUACGACUACUAAUCAUCCACAACCUUACAAAUUAAGUUGGUUAGAUUCUAAUGCUAGCACUGGAGUUAGGAAGCAAUGCAUGGUUUCUUUUUGUAUUGGUUCGUAUUGUGAUUCUAUAUUAUGUGAUGUUGUGUCUAUGGAUGCUUGUCAUAUUCUACUUGGUAGGCCUUGGCAAACUGAUAAAAGAUCUAUACAUGAUGGGUAUCACAACACGUAUACCAUAGUCCAUGAAGGGAGAAAGAAAAAACUACACCCUUUACCACCCCCACGGUUUUCACCAUCACAAACACCCCAAAAAGAAGUAUCCUUGUUGUCUCUUAAAGAGUUUGAAAGGGAGUUAGAUGGUGAGGGAGAGUUGUUCAUACUAUACUCCAAAGAAACCCACGAAAAUUUUGUUGCUCAAAAUCCUAAGUUAGCCCAAUUGAUUAAGGAUUUUGAGGACGUUUUUCCGAAUGAAUUACCUAAAGAACUACCACCCAUACGUGGAAUUGAGCAUCAAAUCGAUCUCAUUCCCGGAGCACCUUUGCCAAAUAAGCCAGCCUAUAGGUGUAACCCUUUAGAAACUAAGGAAUUACAACGUCAAAUUGAAGAGCUAAUGGGGAUGGGUUAUGUGCGUGAGUCCAUGAGUCCAUGUGCCGUUCCUGCUUUGUUGGUCCCUAAGAAAGAUGGAAAUAGAUUAUGUAUUCCAAAAUGUCCCAUUAGAAGUUUGUUGAUACAUGAAGCUCAUGGGGGAGGGCUAGCUGGUCACGUUGUAUAUGGCGUCAAUCCUUAUAUUCCCAUUGAUCUUAUUGCUUUGCCAAAAGACAAGUUCGUUCAUGGUGGAGCAAAGGAGCAAGCCGAGUUCAUGCUAAAAGUCCAUAAAGAAGUUCGGAGAAACAUUGAAAAGGCAAAUGAAAUCUACAAGAAACAAGCCAACAAACGCGUUAGAAAUAUGAAGUCUUUUGAAGUUGGGGACUUG